CAAAAGGAAUGGAUAUUCAUCUAGAAACAAAUACUGGAUGGGAUUUUCCUGAUAUAGAUUAUACACCAUAUAACAACAUCAUAUCUGCUGUGUGGCCCACACUUCGCCAUGGAUUGUAUACAUGGGGUGUAAUACAAGUAAAAGUCAAUUAUGCCUACCGAUAUUAUAAAUCUUUCACUGAUAUGGUUAUCCAGGAUCCUUGUUCACAUCCUGAUGUUGUAUCGUGUGGAAAAACAGAUGAGCAGUACAUAAAUGUCAUUUUAAACAAAACGAACAGUUUACAACAUGGCCAUCGUUAUAUUGUGUGUAUUCAUGCCAACAAGUCUGAAAUCAAGUAUGAAAAAUGGACAGAAACACUUGAAGAAGUUAAUGAUUGUAGUGAUGGAGUUACUGUUGACCUUACACCACCAUCUCCCGGACAAGUAUGGGCUGGAAACAAUCCAAACUCAAAUUACCAGACAUCAUCAUCAGACAUAUCUAUCACCUGGGAUUCUUUUAUAGAUGUUGAGGAACAUGAUAAAUCAAUGCACUCAACCGGUAUAUCAAAAUACGUUGUAUCUGUUGGUUCAACGGAAAAUGGAAUUGAUGUAAUUGAUUGUGCAGAUGUCGGAAUAACAAACCAUGUUUCAUUUCAUGGCCUUAACUUGCAAAAUGGACACGAAUAUUUUGUGAAACUAAUAGGUUUUGACUUUUUGGAUAGAAAUACCACUGUUCAUGCAAGUCCUGUAACAGUUGAUAGAACACCACCUGACACUACGGGCAUGUCGAUAACAAUUAACGGAAGACAUAUAACAAAUGCAAGUGAGAUAAAUGCCUGUUGGACUGGUGUAUUUGAGGAUCCUGAGAGUGGAAUAGAUUACUAUGAAUGGGGAGUUGGAUCAAAAGCGGGACAGGAUGACGUCAUUUCAUUUCAAAUAUCCUUACAAGAUUACGCAUCAUCUGUAGAAGACAGUAUGCAGGGACUUUAUAAUGGUCAUUCAUAUUCUAUAUCUGUGAAGAGUUUCAAUAAAGCUGGUUUGAUGACUAUAGCGUCUUCCUGGGCGUAUAUAUUUGAUAUGUCACCUCCUGUAGCAGGACACGUUUACGAUGGCAUUAACGAUACCAGCCCCUCAGAUAUCGACUAUCAAACAGAUAUGUCUUCAAUUAACGUACACUGGGAAGGUUUUCAUGAUCCGCACACAGUCAUUAGGAACUACUUUGUACACAUAGGAACGUGUUCUGGAUGUAACAAUGUUAUGGAGCAACUGUAUAUUGGAACUCAUAGUGAGUUCACAUUAUCACAUAUCCAUCUUAUUUCUGGGGAAAUAUAUUUUUCAACUGUAACUGCAUGUAACACAGCCAAUUUAUGCACAUCUGUGACGUCUGACGGUGUUGUUGUUGACAACAGUCCCCCUACUGUUGGAAUAGUACAGGACGGAACAACAGAUGAUGAUAUAGAGUAUCAAUCUGUCCGAUAUUAUAUUAGUGCAAAAUGGUUCGGCUUCACAGACGCUCAAUCUGGUAUAGAUUAUUUUGUGGUUAGAGCAGGGUCAAGUCAUGGUACAAGCGAUAUCAUCACACCAACAAAGCUACCAUUUACAGACAAAUUUCUUAUGACGGACGUACAAUUACCUUUAGAGAAAAGAAUCUAUAUAACCAUCCGAGUAUAUAACAAAGUCGGACUGUUUUCCGAAUCCACUUCAAAUGGUUUCAAGAUAGACUUGUCAGCUCCAGUGAUUAUAGCUAGACCUUUUCUGUCGCAUGAUCUAGGAUCAGCAAUAGAUGGUUCUGAUCAAGUUCGGUCAACAAUGAGAAUAAAAUGGAACGUAGAAGAUGAGCAAUCAUUUAUUGAACGACAGUAUUUAUCAAUAGCUACCCAUAUUGGUGGAGAAUUUAACAUGACAUCUACUCAGCUGAAUGGUAUUACAACUGGAUAUACAUUGACUGGUUUAGAAUUGCAUGAUGGUGGCAUAUAUAUUAUUAAACUCAUAGUAUGUAAUGGUGCAAAAAUAUGUGUUCAAACACAUUCGGACAAUAUAUUAGUAGAUACUUCGCCACCAGUAGCCGGAAUGUUUGCUAUAAGUACUUACCAUGCAGCUGAAUUAGAGCGACAUACGGCUGGCUGGAUGACUUGGUCUGAUUACAGACUUAAUAUGUCCUGGAUAGGAUUUUCAGAUAUUCAUUCAGGAAUAAGUAGUUAUUAUGUAUCUGUGGGCAGUGAAUUUAUGGCCAAUGAUUUAAACAAGGUACCAGGAACUCCGAUGAUUUAUACACAUAAUGAAUCGGGUAUACAGUAUAAAGACGAAGGUCCACUACAGUACUUCACGGUUCCAACGCAAAAACUAAUAAAGUAUGAGGAUAUUUUUGUUAGUGUUUGGGCUGUAAACCAGGUUGGUUUAUGGAGUAGUAUGAUUCACAGUCAGUUCCAGUUAAUACCAGGCGGGUUUUUAGAUCUCACCAGGCGAUGUUCGGCGCAUACAUGCAUUGGACAUUGUGUCUGUUCUUCAAGAAAUUCACACUGUGCUUCAAACGGAGACGCAUGUAAUGAUAUAUCAAAAGUUAACACUAACACUCUGUUGGAGGUGGUUGACAUUACGGAUUUAACAUCGUCGACAGAAAUCAAGUUUACACCAAGUAAUACCAACCUUGCUGCUAAAUGGAAAAUAUCUAAAAAUCAAGGAUUACAACCCCAGUGGUAUGAAUGGAGUGUAGGUUUAGCUUCAAUGGAAAUGCCAGAAGGUGUUAUUAAUAGCUUCAUUGAUCCCAUAUGGCAUCAUGUUGGACAUAGCAUGGAAGCUGUUUACUCUCUACCAAGAGGCAACAAUCUAAAAGAAACAGUAGCCUACUCAGUAUUUGUUAGGGUUUGGUAUGAUAAAUACACAUUUGCAAUAUUCAAGUCUCAAGGAAUUACUGUUUUAUCCAAGCAAGUUCCUGUAAAUGAUCUUCAAGGAGCAGCAGUUGUGGAGAAAGUGCCAGGUUUUUGGAAGAAUGAUGUAGAUUUUAUCAAAGCAGGGACACUCUUUAUGGUUUCUUGGGAAAACGUAUUUCUCUCCAUCCCGAAUAGCGUUGAACAGUUUAAUCUUUAUCUCAGCAGUUUUUCCGGAGGAAGUGACUUGCAUACUGUGGACGUAAAUAUACCAUCUUCUGCGUUUGCCUUCAACAUAAGUCGAUUAAUGAUGAAACCUGGAGUACGAUACUACAACAAUAUUGUUGUGUCCACUUUGUCUGGACUAAAGACUACAGUAUCAUCUGAUGGGAUCACAGUAGACAUGGCUGCACCUGUUACCGGUUUAGUUUAUGAUGGGAUAGGUUUACAUAAUAACGCUUACCAAAACAAAUCCGACAUUGUGUCUGCUAACUGGCAUGGAUUCCUUGAUACAGAAAGUGGAUUAAGUAGAUAUCAUUGGUGUGUUGGAACAAAAUCGUCAGAUGAUUUUUGUAACGUCCUGUCAUGGAAAAAUGUUGGUAUGCAUACAUAUGUGUCUAAAAAACUGACAACAGAAAUUGACAAUGGUGAUACAGUUUACAGUAAAGUAUAUGCUGUCGACAGUGUUGGUCACAUGUCGCCUAUCAUAGUAUCAAGUGGAGUAACAGUAGACACAACACCUCCUGUGCCCGUCUCAUUCAAUCAUUCAUCGAACAACCUAGUACACAAUCCAUCCUUUGAAGAGACAAAUGGGUGUUUUCUUGAUUUUUCAAACAUUUCAUCCGAGUUGCUAUGUGGAACUGAUGCUUGUUUAAAACCAAAAUCAUGGCAUGGUAACAAGGAUGACUGUACAGUAAUAAUUCGAUCUCAUAUAGACACAGCAUAUGAUGGUCGAUCAUUUUGCUUUGUGCAUGGCAAACUUAAACAGAACAUAACCGGUUUCAUACCGGGAGAAGUAUAUAGAAUAACAUUUGUGGCUGGUCAUUCUCCACUAUCAGAUUCGGCAGUUCCAAACAUAGAGGGAGUGGUCAAAUUCGGAGAUAUUGAACAUAUAUUUCUUAUCUUCACCAAAGACCAAACACAUGGCGUUAUAUCUCCAGGAGUGAUUUGGCACAAACAUUCGUUUUACUUUAAAGCCAAAUCAGAGAUUCUUGAACUUGCUUUAGGGAGUAUAGAUAGAAACACUGGUCUCCUAUUAGAUGAUGUAUUUAUUGAACAAGUUCUUCCUCUGAAUAGUGGCAAUAAGGUUCAUUUUACUACUGUUGCCUUACAUCAGUGGUCAUCUAUCCAUGCUUCUUGGUUAUUCGAAGAUACAGAGAGUCCAAUAGUGCAAUAUCUAUGGGCAGUUGGUUAUACAGAAGGGAGUACAGAAAUACAAGGUUUUACAAGCGUUGGCGUGAACACGUUUGGGUUUAACUACAACGUUACCCUCGUGCACUCCACAACGAUAUAUGUAACAGUGAUUGCAGUUAAUGCUGCGGGACUCUCAACAAAACUACACUCCAUUGAUUUUUUGGUUGAUCUUACCCCACCAGAAAUAGCUUACGUUAACGAUGGCACAGGGUCAGAUGUUGAUGGGCAGGUUUCACAUACAAUAUCAACUAAUUGGAAUGUUGUUGACGGAGAAUCCGGCAUUGCAUAUUGUGAAUGGGCUGCUGGUUUACAACUAUUUGGAAAUGAGAUAUUCGAAUUUACAAAGACUGCUGAUGUAAUGAAAGCAACGUCAACGAUGGACAGAGAAAAAGUUUUACAUAAAAAGAUCUACAUAACAAUUCGCUGUCGAAAUGCGGCAGGAUUAUAUACUACAGCUUGUUCUGAUGGAAUUGUUAUUUCUGAUGAAUCUCCUUCGGCUCUAAAUGCUGAACUGGAGAUUUUGCCACAGUCUCUAACUGAAUAUCAACCUAGCAAUUUUCAUCAAUCCAGUAAAACAUCUGUUAAAAUGAAAUGGUCAGGAUUUUCUGAUCUUUUUGGAAUCAUGUCGUUUAUUGUGAAAUUUGACGGAAAGGAUACCGAUAUAACGACCACUAUUCUAAACGAUAACAAAGAUAUAUCGUAUCUUUCACUGUUUGGACUAGAACUAUCUGAUGAUAUAUACACGACAACUGUUAACGCUGUUAACACUAUGUACCUCCGAAGUACAGAUAUAACAACAAACCUGACCAUUCAGAACACUGCUCCAUUACUCACUGGGGCUGACGCUUCCAUAACAAGAAAAGAAGACAAAAUUACGGUAAACUGGAAGGAUUGCUUUUCAUAUCAAUGGCGUAUGGUAUUUGAAAUUUCAGUAGGAACAACUAUAGGAGGAGCUGAUAUUAUCCAAUGGCAAGAAACCUUGAAUGAUUAUAUAGAAGUGGAAGUACCUGAAAAAUUUAAAGAUGACAAUGAAGUCAUUUUAUUCUUUUAUAUCCGUGCAAUUGGAGAAAGUGGAGAAAAUACUUCACUAAGAACAAAUACUGUUUUAUAAAUGGUUCAUAAAGAUGCAUUAUGAUUCAAAUCCUCAAAAUCAAUAUUUUUUUAAAUACUUUUAUGUGCAUAUCUGAAACUGAUUAUUUAUUUUGUUGUGAUUUUAACACGCUUCGUAAUAAGUGAAUUUCAGCUAAAUCCACUAUUAUUCAAAACUUAAUUAUAUAGAAUAUGGAACUAUAUUUUAUCAUCUUGACAAAAUAUUUUAACUCAAUUUGCAAAGCAUUACUUUUCGGUGAGAAUUUAUUAAAAAGUUACCUGGUAAACUAGACUACUUCCAUUUGAUAUAUCUUAUUUCCAUACAUUUUUAUUCACUAAAAUAUCAUAAUUAUCUAAUCCGAUCGAUCCGGGGAGCGGUAUACUGAAAAAAAAAUCCGUUCGUCCGUCUGUGCGUCCGUUCGUGUGUCCAUCCGUGUCCGUCCCUCCAGUCUUGUCAGAGUUCUCAUACUUACAUUUCCCUGGAAUUUUGUUAUGAAAUUUGUACGAAAGUUUAUAUCUGCAAUGUCGAAAUUCAGAACUGAUCAACUAUUUCCAAGGGAGUUAUGCCAUAUGAAAAUGUAAAUGCUAUGGAGAUUUGCAUUGGAAGCACUCUCAAGCCUAUAUUUCUUGUCAAUUUUUUUACGAAAUUUAUAUUAAAGCUUUAUGUCAGAAAUGACUCGGAAGAGUUGGAAAAUCAGCGCUAGCUAGCUAUUCUUACGGGAGAAAGUUUCCUUGACAAUGUAAAUUUAAAGUUAUAGAAAAUUACAUUGUAAUGGCGUAUAAAAAUCACUGCUAUUUUUAGGGAUUUAAGCCCUUGGAAAAGUAAGCUAUAUGGAAAAUCGCAUUGUAAUCGCUCUCAAAGCUAUUAACCUGUCUGAUUUUUAUGAAAAUUUUAUCAAAGGUUUACCUUUCCAAUUUGUUCAGAUAAAUCAGUGCCGCUCAACUAUUUUUAUGGGAACUAUGCCCCUUGUGAAUAAACAUUAUAGAGAAUUUGCUAUGUAAGCGGGCUCACACAUAAAACUUUUUGAGGUUUUGUAUCUUUACGACAAAACCCGAAAGGUCUUUAAAAACAGAAAGUAUAAAGGAAAGUUUUCAUAUCCUUAUUAAUUAGGGAAGCGUGAAUAUACUAGGAUCUGUGUUUUCAAUCAGAUUGUCUGACGCAUACAUUUCCUGAUGGAUUUCUUUGAAAUUUCAAUCAAUGGUUUAUCUUUUUACUAAUGUCAAACUGAAAGCCUAAUGCCUAUUCCGAACGUUACACCACAAAUGAUAUAUAUUCAGUAAUAUUAACGACACAAACCUCAGAUUACAACGUCUAGAACACAUAAUGAAUGACAAACUGUCUAAGUUAGACCUACUUGAUAUGUUUGCUGAGAAAUUUGAAAAAUUUGAAAACCACUUAUCCAAAAUGAGCAAUAAAAUAGAUGAUAUUAGAAAUGUUCAGCAGAAACACUCACAAACAAUAAGUAAGCAAGAAAAUCAUCAUCAUAACAUUGAAGACAGAGUGAGGAAUCUUGAAAGCUCAAACAGACAAUUGGAAAGUGAACAUUUUGAGUUGAAAGAAAAAUUUCUUGAAUUACAAUCUCAA